AUGAAGCUUUCCGUUGGUACGCUUUUGACUGCGGGGCUCGCCGCUUCCACAGGCGUAAGUGCCUCGCCUAUGCCUUCCUCGGAAGACAUGUCUCCCAAUCUUGAGACUCGAGGCCUUUGGCUUCGCGAUGAAUGUCAUGCAUACCCUGGUGGUACCGUUGUCGGAGGAAGCACGCUCUGGAUGCUACGCAAUACCUGGAAUAAUAAAUACGGUGGAGAUUUUGGGGGUAGUCUCGGCGUAGUUUAA